AGUAUUUAUCACAAAUAUUUUCAUGGCUAUUUUGAUGCCCUAAAAGCCACAUCUAAUAGCUAUAUGUACACCAUUACUCUGAAAACUUAGCUAACCGUUCCCUAGGCGAGAUGGGACUGACGGUGUACGGUGACGGGAGGCGAAAAAACAGCAGCAGCAGCAGUUCGUGUGAGAAUCAAAGCUUCCCGGCGGCUUUGUAACUUCUCGUUGAUACUUAUGCAUGAGGGCGUGAGGGCGUGAAGGGAAGAGACGCCCACACAACCAGAGAACAUGUGAAGGGAAUGUUCAGCAGUCAUGAGCAGCUUGUGAAGCGCUCUGGCAAGAAAGGAGUGGACCGACCACAGUACCUGAAGGAGCUGGUGGAAGAAUUUCUUACCUCUGACAGUAUAGAUUGCAGAAAACAAGUUCUAGCAAAUCUUGCUAACUUUGCCUAUGACCCCAUCAACUACCAGUGGUUCAGAAGGCUGAAAAUCAUUGAUAUCUUCCUUGACCAGGCAUCUGAAGGAACAUCAGAUUUACGCAGCUUUGCCGUGGCAGGAUUGUGUAACCUUGCUCUUGAUUUAGAAAACAAGCAAUACAUUCUUAAAAAUGGAGGUGUGUCUCUGCUUCAUGAGUGCCUGCUAAUGGAAGAUGAGACAGUGGUCACCUCAGCCUUGACGACCCUCAUGUUCCUUGUCACUCCUGAGUCCAAGUCAGAGGUAACGAGUACAAAGGUAGUGAGCCAGGUGAUGAACAAAGUUAAAAGUGAUAAUCCCAGAAUUCAAAAUUUGGCCAAAAUAUUCCUCUUGGAUUACUGCACAACUGAACAAGUGAGGGAAGCAGAGGAGGGAGAACAGAAGUGAUGAGAAUACCUUGUCAUAGUUAUUUCAGAGGACUUUCUAAAUUUCAGCAUUGAGUGCAGAACCUACUUAAGCAAUCUUGCCACUUAGUACUUUUUAAAGUUGAUAAUUUCCAUGUUGCUGCUUUUGAAGCAAAGUUUUCUAAUUGGAAAUUUAAAUGGAAUUCCUCUUGUGACCUGUGGACGAUGCUUUUCUCUGAAGG